CUGGCUGCCAGCCCACCGCCGGUGCGCAGGUCGUCCGUCGCGGCCGGCGGCGCCCUCUUCCACCAGCGCUACAAACGAUACCCGAAUCUUCCACUUCAGUGCUGGCUCUGUUCUCCCAAGCCUCACGCGGGUUAACACUGUCGGUCGUGCUGCCCGUGCUGAUCUCCGGCUCCAGUUCUUCAGGUCGUGCUCCCAUUCGCCAGGUCCUACUACAGUUCGUCAGGAUGGCCUGCAUCCCAUUGAAGAAGUGAGGGUCAGAGCUGUUCGUUUCUAUGAAAAGUUCACCAAUGAGCAGCCCCCAAAACUGUCAAGGUUUGAAUUCAUCAUGCUGGAUGAAGAGAAUGUUGUCAUGGAGGCUGUUGUUCCAGCAAAAUGGAUUGAUGAACAAAGGGCAAAGCUUAUAGAAGCCGGGGUGUACACUAUACAAUACUUUGAAGUCUGCAAUGCAAGAGCAGUAUAUCGCGCCGUUGAUCACCCGUACAUGGCUCGCUUCACCAAGCACACCAAGAUAAAUCAAGUUGCUGCAGUACCAACAAACUUUCCGCUCUACGCAUGCUCCAUAGUGCCUUUUCAGGUGCUCCGUGAAAGAGUGGGUAACAGAGAUCAGAUGUCAGAUGCUAUUGGGCUGUUUACUAAGUUCUCGCGCAUUGCAAAGCAAUCAACAAGAAAUAGAAUACAAUCACUGGUCAAUGUGCACAUUACCGAUGGCAGACACAAUGCUGUGCUUGCCUUGUGGGGAUCACACGUAGAGAGGUUCGAUGCGCAGGCCCUCAUGGAAAUUGUUGGCGCUCCUUAAGUACCCAUUUUACUAUAUAAUUAGGAGUUGUUUUGGUAAAUUCUUCGGGAUGAUUCAUGUACUAACCCGCCACUUGGCACCCGAACUUGACCGUUUUCGAUUUUG